AUGCCGACAAUCAAGCAAACAGCGCCCAUACGGCCACCUACGGGCGUGGAUGCCUCUCAGACUCGACCACCGAAUGUGAAAUAUGUCUACGGACUGACAGCAUUUGUCUCACUCGGUGCAUUGCUCUUUGGUUACGAUCAAGGUGUCAUGGGGUUGAUCGUCGCCGAUCGCAGGUGGAGGAACUUGAUGAACCCUGCCAACUCUUGGGUCACCGGAGCCGUGGUCUCUCUAUACGAUAUCGGCUGCUUCCUAGGAGCAAUGUCCAUCGGUCUUCUAGCCGAUCGCUGUGGUCGAGAACGCUCUCUGAGCUUAGCCAGCAUCGUCUUCAUCAUCGGUGCGAUCAUCCAAGCUGCUUCUUACGACGUCCCGACAAUCACUGUAGGCAGGAUCGUUCUCGGAUGGGGCGUCGGACUCUGCAGUGGUGGUGUGCCGCUGUACAUUGCAGAGAUUGCUCCUCCGAAGAUCAGAGGUCGUAUCAUUGCCAUUGAGCAGAUGGUGUUGUGCUUCGGCGAGCUGGUUGCUUUUUGGUUGAACUACGGCUUCAACUACCUCACCAUUGACUCGUGGUGGCGAAUCCCCCUGGCAAUCCAGGUUCUGCCAGCCGCCAUCCUCGGUAUCGGCUGCUGGUACUACGUUCCGCCUUCGCCCCGCUGGCUCGUUGCUCAAGACCGUCUGGAGUGCGCAUUGGAGGUUCUGACUCGACUGCACGGUACCGAAGCGGCGGAGGCCGAGAUGCAGGACAUUCGUCGGCAAGACCAGUUCGAGAAGGUCGUCACUGAAGCAACCUGGGCUGAUAUGUUCCGUACGCCGGUGCUGCGUGUAACUUUGCUUGGGAUGGGAAUCCAGUUCUUCCAGCAGAUUACCGGCACGAACUCGAUAUUGUACUACACUCCAUCGCUAUUCGAAAAAGGCGGCAUCACCAACCCCAAGACAGCGAACCUCUGCACCGGUGGCGUUGGCAUCGUUCUAUUCGUCUCCGCCUGGAUACCCAUAUUCUUCUUCGACCGUCUGGGCCGUAGGACCUGGCUCAUGUUCGGGACGGUGGGCAUGGCUUGCGCAAUGAUCGGCAUUACUGUCCUGCAAUGGCACGCCGAAAACAACCCUGGAGACUCUGGCAAUUACGCUAUCAUCGCCUUUCCGUACCUGUUCUAUCUAAGCUUCAACGUCAGCUGGGGCGUGGGUAGUUGGACAUACGCAGCAGAAAUCUUCCCCCUCUCCAUGCGAGCCAAAGGCAACGCCCUAAGCACCAUGACUCUCUGGAUCGCAUGCUACAUCGUCGCGCAAGUGUCCCCGCCCAUUGCGGACGCCAUCGGCUGGGGUCUAUACAUCAUCUACUCCUGCAUCUGCGUCGUGGCGUUCAUGUUUGUGAAGUUCGCCAUGGUCGAGACGAAGGGACGAACGCUAGAGGAGAUGAGCAGGAUCUUUGGAAUUGAGGGGCGGCUUGUGCAGAGAAGUGGAAUUGAUGUUGAUGAUGCUGCUGAUUUGAAGAAGGGGGUGGAGGUCGUGAUGCACGAUGAGGGGCGGGGGGAGAUGAAGUGA